CAAAACACAAAAAAAAAAACACAGAUCAGAAACUCAUAAGUUAAGAAAUGGCCAGUCCCAACAGCUCCUUUUUGCUCGUAGCCUUUGCUAUUGUUGCAGUUUCUCUCUUCGCUGAUAAUGCCACUGCAGCCUGCGACAACGACUGGACUCAGCUGAGCGACAAGUGCACUGCGUUUGCGAAGAAAGGCAUAGAACCACUUCUCCCAUCUGAUGACUGUUGCCAGACUAUCGCGCAGGCUGAUCUUGUCUGUGCAUGCUCGAAGGUUACUCCUGAUACCGAGAACAAUAUUAGUGUGCCUCUGGCAAUCAUGGUGGCUAGCUUCUGUGGUCAUCCUCUCCCUCAUGGAACUCACUGUGGAAGUGUUGUGGUUCCAUAAGCACUAUGGGAGAACGCGUGUUGAAUAAGACGAUCACGAUGGAUUCUAUGUAGAGAGAGAGAGAGAGAGAGAGAGAGAGAGAGAGAGAGAGAGAAUAAAGUUUGGUCAUGUAUGAAUAACUUCAAUUAGCAGAUUUCGUCAUGUAGUAGUGAUCUAUAGACAAUCCAUCUAUGACAAUGAAAUGAAUGAAUUGGCAUAUGACUAUCUUAAUCAA